AUCGAAGGACUUUGUUGUGGUGUGACGUAACUCAUGGACCGCAAUCGAUUUUCUGCUAGGGCCCUAUUUACGUCAUGAUAAUCAGCAAAAUUAUAAGUACUGUGAGUAGAGAACUCAGUUUGCCUUCUCACAUCUGAGCUUCUUGACGUUUAAGGGCUCUUGGCAUGGAGGCAGGGGAAGGGUCCCCGCCCAUCGAUGAUGGAGGUGGCACCCCGUCAAGUUUCCUGAACCUGACCGGGAGUGAGGCGUACCCCAAACGGGCAUUGGUGUCCGACGACCCAUCUCUCGUUGUGCCAUUCCCAUGCCUGCCUGGUGAAGCGGUAGAGUUCCUGGGCCGCUCGACACAAGGCGUUGUGGCUCUCUCAUCAUACCGAUUUUUCCUGGCGGGUCCCGAGCAACAGCUGAACCUUCCGCUGGGAUUACUAGAGGCAGUCGAGUGUCGCGACAUCUUUUACCUGCACCUAAUCUGCAAGGACGCCCGCUCUUUCAGGUGUUCAUUCGCCACAAAUGAAGACUGUCAGAAGUGGCACAAGCGCCUCACCAAUGCAAUCCAGUUGCCGAAGCGGCUCGAUGACCUGUUUGCCUUCCGUUUCUACCUCUACUGCCGUGAAGAACGUUACGACGACCUCUUUUCCUUUCUAAAGAGUGAUAGGCCAAGUUUAGACAAGGACACCUCACUCCUGCACCAGGAGUGCAAACGUAUGGGCUUUGACACCGACCUUGGGGGCACAUGGAAGAUCAGUAGCAUCAAUGAGAAAUUCAAAUUUUGCAGCAGCUAUCCGCGCUACUUAAUUGUGCCCACCUCAGUACCGGACCAGGACCUUGAAACUGUGGCCAGUUUUCGGUACUCCCGGAGGAUCCCCACGGUUGUUUGGAGGCACCACUUGUACGGCACAGUCAUAGCACGCUCAGCACAGCCCGAGGUAGGCUGGUUGGGCUGGCGAAGUCCUCAGGAUGAGAACCUGAUCCAGGCCAUAGCAGAUGCUUGCAGCAUCGACCCAGGUCCCGCCAUUGGAAACGGGCUUGACAGCCUGCCCGAUGACCAGAGGCUCGACUCGGAUGCAUCAGACUUGUCCCUGCUGAAUGGUUGUCUGACUGCUAGCAUGCACUUUGAGCCACGGCCAGCGCCACAGCGCAAGAUGCUCAUCCUUGACGCUCGUUCCUACACUGCUGCUGUGGCCAACCGAGCCAAGGGCGGUGGCUGCGAAUGUCCAGAGUACUACCCCAACUGCGAGGUGCAGUUCAUGAGCUUGGCCAACAUCCACACCAUCCGCAAGAGUUUCCACGCCGUGCGUGCCCUCUGCUCCUCCACAGCCGAUCAGUCCUGCUGGAUGUCAACCUUGGAGUCGAGCAAAUGGUUAUACCACCUGUCAGGUCUGCUGAAGGCCUCGCUUGUGGUUGCCAAUGCGGUUGACCUGGAACGGCGACCAGUGCUUGUGCACUGUUCAGAUGGUUGGGAUCGCACACCUCAGAUUGUGGCCAUGGCUGAACUUAUUUUGGACCCUUACUACCGGACAAUCGAGGGUUUCCAGGUACUGGUGGAAAAGGAGUGGCUGGAGUUUGGACACAAAUUUGGAGACCGCUGCGGCAACAGUGCUACGGCUGAAGACCUGGGCGAGCGCUGCCCAGUGUUUCUUCAGUGGCUUGACUGUGUGCAUCAGCUGCUGGCACAAUUUCCAUGUGGCUUCCAGUUCAACCAGCAGUACUUGGUCAAGCUGGCACAGCACACAUACUCAAGCCUAUUUGGAGAUUUUCUGGGGAACAGCACCAUGGAACGGCAGCAAGAAGCGGUAGCUACAAGAACGUUCUCGGUGUGGACCUUCCUGAAGGCCAGACCGGAACAGUACCUCAACUACCUCUACAGCCACACAGAUCAGGUCCUGAGGCCUCGGUGCCAGGUACGAGAUCUGCGCUUCUGGAGCGAGGUGUAUCUGCAGCCAUCUACGGGACUGCUAUCACAAGGCCCACCUUCCACACCUCCAUCGGAGGCCCCAGAACCAGCGGAGGAGACUCCUCCUGAACCAGCUGGCAGUGGUGACACGUCGACAAACCUCGUCAAAACCAAGUCCGUGGACUCGCUGUUUGCAGGCAGCCAGUCUGAGCAGACGCCACCUUCCGAAAAGCACCAGCGACGACUGAGUGACCCGAGCCUGAAGGGUCUGCAGUCGGAACUGCUCAGUGGGCACGACGAAAAUGCCACGCCGUUGGCUCAUCGGCGCAGCCUGAGCAACGGAGCUUUGAACGGCAGCCAGGAGGAAGUGGCAGUGGAUGCCAAAACCUCGCUCAUUGUGGCAAAUUCAGCUGAAGAAAGUGUGCAACAGACUGAGCAGCUGCAGCAGCAACAUGCGGUGUCCUCCAUUGAGGACUCGACCGACACCCUUGUCAGUGAGGCUGGUGGAUCAUGUGUUUCAGCCAUGACAGAGGCAGUGCAAGAGCAAAGUGAAAAGGACAGUGAGGCUACUGUGGAAGCAAUGGUGCCGUCUGCCUUGCCACGGCAGGCACAUCUCCUCAGCAACACGGCUAGCACGAGUACGACAGACAUUAGCAGUUCAGCUGUGUAUAACAUGUUCCCAGAGGUUGCCGUGGAGGACCUGCCAUCCAACAAGUGCCCAUAUUGGUUGUCGCAUAAGAAUGGCGAGACCCUGCUGGCUGCAACCCGUAGCUCAUUGGCACGAGCAGCAGCCAUCAAUGGCCGAGGUUCCCAUUACUCUACACCCCUGCACUCUAGAACUCCUAGUUCCGGCUAUCCAGCUACACCUUGUGAUGACAGGCUCCUGCUUGAUCCUGUGGCAUCCAGAACAACUGCGGCCCCCUUGCAGCAGCAGCCGCAGCAGCAGCAGCAGUUCGAUGUUGAUGGACUGGCAUGCCCUGUUGACACUGUCCAGCAAAGGUUGCACCAAAUGGUUCUAGAGCACGAGGCAAAAAUAGAAAGUCUAGAAAAUGACCUUCGCAGGGUCAGGCUUGCACUAGAGCGCUCAUACCUUCACGUCAAUGGCAAGGAGACAUUGGAGUCUCUAGAAGAUGCUCAGCUUGGGUUGGACUGCAGCGGGGAGCCUCCAUGGGGCGGGUGCCAGGACGGUAGCAGCUCGUCGGAGUUGAGCUGGGAGCAGGUGGACGAACGCGAUGCUCGCGCCACGCUGUGGGUGCCAGACCAUGCAGCCUCUCACUGUAGGGGCUGCAAUGCCGAGUUUUGGAUCGGGCGGCGCAGGCACCAUUGCAGGAACUGCGGUCACGUGUUUUGCGGCCAUUGCGCAAGCCAGCUGCACCCUGUUCCUCACGAACAGCUGUAUCAGCCGGUUCGCGUUUGUGGCACAUGUUUCGAGUCGCUGCGCAGCCGCCCCUGCCGCCCAUCUGCUCUGGUCCCCGCAAACUCCCACACUGAGCGGCUGCUGGCCAAGGCACAGUUGGCCGCGGCUUCCACAUAGGCAAGACGACGACGACAAAAGCGCGUACACCCGCACGUAUCGUGCGUGCGAGCCAGCUCUUGGUGUGUGGAUGGCGUUCACCUCCGCCCCUCUCCCCCCACCCCACCCUCAACCACCCCGCGUUUCACCAUUCUCGCUCGCUUGCGAUGCAAGAUGUGAGACACUUGGGAAUACAAGCGCAGGAAGAGGUGCCACCGUGUCUCUAGUUUCUCUGCGAUGGGAGUGGAAACGAAGGUGUCGACAGAGUUCGUCACUGGCUGGGGAGGUAGCAGGUAGGAUGCCGUGCACUGCUUCUCUCAAAAGCUCAUCCAAAGAUGUCUUGUAUAAACAGUAGCACAUCACCACGGAGUGGUCGAAGCUUGUACAGUGCACACGGCUGCCCAUGCUAGUCGCUUGUAAAUGGGGAAGGUGAAGCCGCCAGCUGGAGCUUUCAACGCGUGGUUGAAAAGAAAAAGAAAAGUGUUUGUAGGUGGUCUUUGUUGUUGGGUGCUGCCAACAUUCGGCAUUUUUCCUUUUUUCCCAGCAGUUCUCCCUUAUAUGAACGAAAUAUACUUCUCAGGUUUAGUCAUUCUGUACAGCCGCUGUCCCACAUUUACAACAUUGUGUUUGCACCCUUUACCAUCCCUUGUGAUCUUGCACCUUAAAAAGAAAAAGAAAAGCUUGAAAGAGGAGGCUUGCUUUCUGGGAAAGCCAAACUUGCUUUAGAAUUGCCAAGUUCAGAAUCUAAUACUUAUGCCCUGCUCAGCUGGCUGUCUGGAUACUUCAUGCUAGCAUUCGGCUACACAAGUUUGGUUUGGAGAAAAAAAAGUGUGGGGGGCACAUAUAGAAUGCUCCACUUUUGUGGCGACUUGUGAAUCUGCACUUUCAUUAAAGGACAAGCAUACAACACCAUUAGAGAUUAAAUUUUAGAGCAUUCUCUGAAUCUGUGAUAUGUCUUAGCACCAGAAAUCAACGUUAUUGAAUUGAAAGGGGCUUGCCACAGUGAACUUGCGGCCUUUUCGUUCCCAACUCCCAUUGCAUGUGAACUGUGUUAGAAAAAUGUGCCAAAAAAAGUGCAGGGAUGUUUUAAGUCUCCUGCGUCUGAAGUGCUUUGUUUUUCUAACACGGCUGGGCUGACUCUCUUGUGCUUUUUAUUUUUUCCCCCUUGACAAUGCUGCCUUCUGCCGUGGUGAUAUGCAGCGGUUUCUUGUCACAGUGCACACCGCAGUUGGUUGCGUGUACAUGGAGAACAUGUUAGGAGAGUAGACGGAUUAAAGUAACACACUCGAGAGGUAAAAGAUUUUUCAUUUUUUAAUGACGCCUGCUCCAACAUGUCUUGAAUGGCAAAUAUGUUCUCUCUUUGUGCUAGUGGUUACGUUGAGGCACCUCUGCUGGGCAUCUCCUGCAGUUUGACUGCCGUUGUUUGGGUCUUCAGUAUGUUCAGUGGGCCGCUGAAUGUCUUAGAACAGAUGUGGCAUUCAUGCGAUGCUUGUGCCCAAUAGUCCUUGGCAUUUGUAGUUGCAAAUAGUUAUCAAGCAUGGCUCUCCAAGGCGAGCAAACGUUGGAACACAUUUGACAAUGGCGGCAGACGUGAAGACUCUUCUGAAUUCGGCCACAUGACCUGUUCACUGCCAGCCGAAAACAUUGGGCUCCAUUGCGAGAGACCAUCGGCCACCAUUGCAUCAGGCACAGAAAAAAAAAUUGCUGCCAUCUGCACUAGCAUUCCGAGUAGCUGGUUGUACUUCGUAAUAACUUGGAGGGAAAAAAUGGGGUCAGGUCUGUUUUGUUGCCCAUUAGGCUGCUUUUCCUGAGUACCCAAAGCCACAGAUCGUCAUUUCCCUGAUGGCCAGAAUUGUCAUAAAAUGUUAGUCAUAACAGUAAUGUUCUGCUCAAAGCUCCAUCCUUGUUUAUAGGACAUCGCAGUUUACAAGUCUAGGCACUUUUUUGCCCAAGUUCAUUAAUCCCGAGAAGUUUCUCGCGCGGAUGUAUGAGCUCGGUAAAAAAAAUGAAACUGCACUGCGGAGUGGCCUCUGUUCGCAAUACUACUGUGUGACCCCGGUUCAAGAAAUCUCGAGAAAAUGAAAGAACUUAAAGACAUAAUGGAACUAGCGGAAGUUUUUCUGUCCAGUUGCAAACUUGGUUUACGAGAAAGCUUCAUUUAUACCCUAGCUUUUCCCAUCACAUAUUAUCAUGCCAGCAAAGUUACAAAAGUCGCUUGCUAAUUGUUUUUCUGCUAAGCUGGAAUUUCAGGCAGAAUGUAAAGCUUGUUUGCUGUUUUGUUUCAUUAUAAUGUAUGCUAAAAGUGACAAAAAAUAUAUUUUACAAGAUUUGAAAAAGAAGUAUGUCCCCUCUUAAGUGUGUGUGUGUACAAAAUGGGCACUGGUUUGUGUGUAUGUUGUAAGCACUGCACAUGUAUGCCUUACCUUUUCUCUUUUUUUGCCACAAUAUAAUAACCACCACAUGUAACAGUUUCUUUUCUUCCAAUACAAAAUCUGGGCUCUGCAAGCUUUCAAGUCGGCAGCUGCAGAGGACAUUUUUGUUAUCACUGACAGCUUCGUGCACACUGCAAGCUAAUUUUAAAACAUCAGCAGUACACUAAAGGCUACAAAAACAUGUGGUUAACAAAAAACAGCUUGUUAGCCUUUCAAGAGAUGGUAUUUGUCUUUCUUAAUUGCAUCUGCACAAAAUAAGUCAGUUUCUUUAGCCCCUUUGAGUGUGUCAUUGUUUGGCAUAUGAUGCUAAACUGCUGUUUUCAUUAUUUUCGUGGCCAUAAGACGAAACUGCAGAGGGAGCUAGUAAGCUGCAGCUGUGUGCUUGUUUAUAUUUAAUUAAAGGUGCACCAGUCUGCUCCACCUUGUGUCACUUUGCACACGCUAUGCAUAGUGGUGCAGGUAGUGAUGUAUUGAACUUGCAUAUCACUGGUCUUUUUUUUUUAACUAUCAUUACUUACAUUUAGAAGUUUGCUAAUGCAGAUGCCACUCUUUCUCAACCGUUAUUAAACUAAAAGAAAUGGAACAGUGAAAAGAAAGGUGUUGCACUUAUGGGGCAGGCAACUCCAAUGCCCUCAGUCUAGUGAAUAAUAGUGAGUGCAUUCAAAUAGCUGGAGGCUGUGAUCUGCAGUUGAACGUUUCUCUUCUUGAACAUAAGGUGUUUCAAUCCUGCGUCUUGUUUGCCCAGUCACAGUUUGAAUCAGUUCUGAUGGAUUGUUACACACGUGAAUCUGUCCGCGAGUGUUAUCUGAGAAAAUGCAGUAUGCCAGAAUUUUUUUUUUUUUUUUUUGUCCCCUUUGCAGUGUAUUUGCUUACUACUAUAAUUUUCCCUGCUUUGCCUUUGUAAGGUUUUUUUCUCUAUGAUAAUUUUUGAGGAGGCAGUUGUGUUCAUUGUGUUGUUCCUAGGGAAUCUAUGUCCAUGUUUUUCUGUGUACAGGACGUGAAAGUUUUGAAAGAAAGGAUUGUGAAUACAUUUGCCCAGAAGUGUACAUUUGACUGCGUUCUCAAUGUAACAUUCUAGAAAGGGGCAAGCACAUAAUAAAAGUUUUGAAUCUGUU